AACUUGUAUAAAUCUGAUCUGGAAUGGCUCCGUGGGAUUGGCUGGAUGCCGGAAGGCUCUGUGGAUGUGGUCAGAGUGAAAAGAGCUCAAGAUCUCAUAAAUGAGAGGUUGUACAAACUACGCCCGGAUGCACUGAAAUUUACCAGCAUACCUGAUCCACCCCCUGUUGUCCUGGCUAAGGUCAACGCACAACAGAUCAGUGAGAACCUGUAUCGGGAAGCAUGGGAUAAAGAGAAGGCACAGAUUAAUAUUCCUCUUGAUACCCCGGAAAUACUGCUCUCCAAGAUGAAUGCUGUGAAUGUUAGCCGU